GCUUUACAAUCGCGUGACGUCACCUACGACCCUCACAUCUUUGUCAGUGAACAAAAUGGCAACCUACUGUCUGACUGUGUCCCGGCUCCAGUUGGCCCUGGGUCAUGGUGCCCGGCGCCUGCAUGUAUCUGCCGCUUACCGAGCCAAGGCCAAGGUGGCCAUGAGCCGCUUUGAGCCCACCUCCUUCAUCAACUACGAGAAGCUCCAGAGCAACGUAGAAAUAGUCCAGAAAAGGCUCAACCGUCCUCUCACUCUGUCAGAGAAGAUCGUUUACGGCCACCUGGAUGACCCCCACCACCAGGAGAUCGACCGCGGCCGCACCUACCUGCGGCUGCGUCCGGACCGCGUGGCCAUGCAGGACGCCACGGCUCAGAUGGCCAUGCUGCAGUUCAUCAGCAGCGGCCUGCCAAAGGUGGCUGUGCCGUCCACCAUCCACUGCGAUCACCUGAUCGAGGCCCAGAUCGGGGGGGUGAAGGAUUUGGCCAGGGCAAAGGAAGUAAACGAAGAGGUCUACAACUUCCUGUCCAGUGCUGGAGCCAAAUAUGGAGUGGGUUUUUGGAAACCUGGCUCUGGAAUCAUCCAUCAGAUCAUCCUGGAGAAUUAUGCCUACCCAGGAGUGAUGCUUAUUGGCACAGAUUCUCACACACCAAACGGCGGUGGGCUCGGUGCCAUCUGCAUUGGAGUGGGCGGAGCCGACGCAGUCGACGUCAUGGCUGGAAUUCCCUGGGAGCUCAAAUGUCCAAAGGUGAUUGGCGUGCGACUAACCGGCACCCUGUCUGGCUGGACGUCUCCGAAAGACGUCAUCUUGAAGGUGGCGGGCAUCCUGACGGUGAAAGGAGGCACCGGGGCCAUCGUUGAGUAUCACGGGCCAGGAGUUGACUCCAUUUCCUGCACUGGAAUGGCCACCAUUUGCAACAUGGGUGCAGAAAUUGGAGCAACAACGUCCGUGUUUCCUUAUAAUCACCGCAUGAGGACCUACCUGGAGAAGACUGGCCGUGGAGAGAUUGCUGCGGUGGCGGAUGAAUACAAGGACUUGUUGGUACCAGAUGAAGGCUGCGAGUACGACCAGAUCAUUGAGCUAAAUUUAAGUGAGCUUAGGCCCCACAUUAAUGGACCGUUCACCCCUGACCUGGCACACCCCGUGUCUGAGGUAGGCGCUGUGGCCAAGAAGAACGGCUGGCCGUUGGAGGUCAAAGUUGGUCUGAUCGGCAGCUGCACCAACUCCAGCUAUGAGGACAUGGGCCGCGCCGCUUCGCUGGCCAAACAGGCUCUGGAGCGCGAUGUGAAAAAGGGAGAGAAGAACACCAUCGUUACGUCCUUCAACAGGAACUUCACUGCCAGGAAUGAUGCCAACCCUGCGACUCACGCCUUCGUCACGUCUCCUGAGAUCGUCACUGCCCUCGCCAUUGCUGGGACUUUAGACUUCAACCCAGAGACGGAUUAUCUCACAGCGUCCAACGGAGAGAAGUUCAAGCUGGUGCCCCCCACCGGAGACGAAUUACCAUCCAGGGACUUUGACCCGGGUCAGGACACCUACCAGCAUCCUCCCAGUGACGGCAGCAGCCUCAAGGUGGACGUCAGUCCUCAGAGCAACCGCCUGCAGCUGCUGGAGCCUUUUGACAAGUGGAGUGGAAAAGACCUGGAGGACAUGGUGGUCCUCAUCAAGGUGAAGGGAAAAUGCACCACAGACCACAUCAGCGCCGCCGGACCCUGGCUGAAGUUCCGUGGCCACCUGGACAACAUCUCCAACAACAUGCUGAUCGGUGCCGUAAACAGUGAGAACGAUGCCGUCAACAAGAUCAAGAACCAUCUGACGGGAGAGUACGGCGGCGUCCCGGAUGUGGCGCGGCACUACAAGGCCAACGGCUUGUCAUGGGUGGUGGUAGGAGAUGAUAACUACGGCGAGGGCUCCAGCAGAGAGCACGCCGCUCUGGAGCCAAGGCAUCUGGGUGGAAGAGCCAUUAUCGUCAAGAGCUUUGCCAGAAUCCACGAAACAAACCUGAAGAAGCAGGGCCUGCUUCCACUCACCUUCAGCAACCCAUCAGACUACGACAAGAUCCGCCCAGAUGACAAGAUCUCCAUCAAAGGACUGAAGACUUUUGCUCCAGGAAAGCCCCUGACUGCAGUGGUAAAGCACAGCGACGGCAGCCAGGAGACCCUGACGCUCAACCACAGCUUCAACCAGACCCAGAUCGAGUGGUUCCAGGCGGGCUCAGCCCUCAACAGGAUGAAGGAGAUGCAGCACUGAGCCUGGAUGUGGGGGGAGGAACCAGAAGAGGAAUCGGGGUGGUACAGAUUGGGAGGAAACAGAAGGUCAUUCAGGGUUUCAUCACCAGGAUUAGCUUGCAGUUUUGACUGAAGUUUAAAUAAUAAGGAAAGUAGGAAUACUUUUCAGCUUCUAGCUAAUGUUGUCGAUGGAACAGUGGAACCUGAUCAGUUAAAUUUCUUACUCCUCUUUCAUCAACAUUAAGCAUAUUUUUAAAAAUGUUUGGCCACCAUGUUACCAUAGAGCACAGAGAACCAGUUCUAGAGCCGUAUCCCUGGAUACCAUCAGUAUGUUUAAACCAGUCUGUACAAUGUUGGUCAGCUGCUUUAGGGUCAUCUUGUCCCUCUGUUAGUCACAGGUAAAUACUCACAUUUUCUCACACUUAAAACUUGCCCCCUGGUGGUUCAAAGGAGGUACUGCAGAGGGUGCAGCAGGCAGACCUGUUGUAUUUACAUGAGAUUACAGUUUGUCUAACAGAGCGACACCAUUGGGUAAAUUUUUAUAUUAAUGUCUUAGACGGUUUCACCACAGAGCUGCAUUACUUCACGUUCAGAUAUGUUCAGUUUAGUUUAAUAUGACGUCCCAUCCUCCUAUCUCACUUCUAAUGAGGUCAAGCAGCACGUUGUGCAGCAUUUUGUUGUUUCUGCUGUUUUGUAUUUAUCCAUGUUUUUUUCUCAGAGCAGUUCCAGACCUUCAUCAUUUCACUAACAGGGCAAACAUGUAUUUUUCAGGGUUCUUUAUAUGCAGGUUUUUUUUUUUUCUGGUCCUACAAAAACUAAACUGGUUCAUUAGGGACGUAUCAUUUUUAAAAACCCAUAAAACUGUUCAUUUUCUGGGCCUUUGUUUAUACAAAGAAAACUUAAAUCAUUUAAAUCAGGAGAAAGGAUGGGGUCACUAGGAUUGGAAACAGAUUGUUGGAUCUUUGCCCACAGAUAUUUUUCUGCCAGCCAGAUGAAAUCUCUUCCUUUUAACCACUCCAUGUAAAGUGUCUGAUUCUGUGUGCAGUUUUGCCUUCGCUCCCAAAUGAUCGUUUCUGUAUUACAGAAAUUUUAAGAGAUUGUAAAAUAAAAAUGAACUGAUAUCAUAUAUGCAGGUAGUAUUGUGGCUGUUUGUUAAACAGUAUUAAA